GAUGAAUGACGAGAAACUAUGCACAUCAGGAAGCUAGAAAUUAUAUGUGUAGCUGAAACAAAGAAAGAAUUUCCUUUAACAACACUUUUCAUGUCUAGCCCGUGGAGGGAAAGAUCUCUGAAAAUAAUGAAAUUCACUCCUUUGUCAUUCUCCUUGGAAGGAAGAACCGAACAACUAAUCCCGAUGUCUGAAAGGCGAGACUUUGAUAGCAUUGGAAAUAAAUGCGAAGGAGGAGAGACGAAGCUUUUAGAAGAAGAGGAGCCUAGAAGGUCCCUAGCCUAUAGAAGCCUGCAAUGUCGAACUGAAUUCUGGCUAACGCCAUCCCAUCGGAAGAAUAAUUAACACAAAUUAGUUCAAGUGUCCAGACAGGCAGGUUCACCAAUUACUUAAUCACAAGCCAUUCGUUUUCUUCCUAUAUUCGCACCUUCCUUCCCUUUUCCUCGCUUUUUCUGGCUAUAGAAGGUGAUCUCAUUAUUUCCAUGCAAACCCUACAUGUUCUCUUUAGCAGACCCACCAAAAUUUCUUUGUCACAUUUUCCCUCAAGCAACUGAGAAACAUUUGAUUUGAGGAGAAUGCCUAGUGACAAAGAUCCUACUUUGAAUGCAUAAUGAGAAUCUUGCGGCGGAAUGAAUGGACGCGUUUGAUACAUCCCGAGUAAUUGGUGAGUUGCCGUUAAUACAAAGAGGAGGAGUUCAUCACUUGCGUAUGAUUAACCCUACACGGGGAAUAUG